AUGAUAUGUUAAAAUCUAUUUUUAUUUACUUAAUUCAAACACCAUUGUUGGUUUGAAUUAGUUCUUUGCUAUAAUAUCUAUCAACAUAAUUUUGUAUAAAACUUUAUCAGUAUUAUAGAACAUUAGACAUACAUAUAUUACUUGCUGAAAAUAAAUAAUAUAAAGAAAAAUUUGAGAUUUAUGAAUAAAUUCAUAUUAAUUCAAUUUUAUUAUGAACAUGUCGAAACUAAAGAAUCAUUCGGGUACUAUUUUAAGUUUUUUGGUUUGAUUAGAAAAAAAUUAUAAAUAUUUUUUAUGGUAAAUUAUUAUUACCCACUAUUUUAAACAUCAUUAUGUUUUGUAUCAUCUUUAAUUGGAAUAGUAUUUAUUUUUGAUUAAAAUCCUUAUAAUUCUAAGAUAGAAUUUAAUAUUUUACUUAUUUCAGAAUUCAGUUUCAGUAUAAUAUUAUUAAUAGCUGUGCUAUUUUCAAUUAUUUCUUAAUUAUACAUAAUGUUAAUAAUUAAAAAAAAACAACCAUUAGAAAAUAUCAAAGAUGACUAAAGAUAAGAUAAAAUUAAUUAAUUAGAUAAACUAUAAAUAAAUUAAAAGUAAUAAAAUAAUAGAAAUCUUGUAUAAUUGAAUUAUUAAUAUUAUUUAAUUAAUUAUUCAUAUAUCUUUUAUAUAUCUUAAUUUUGA